CUCUCACUCCUCCUUCGGUCCUCCCCCCACUAUUUCAGCAUCCCUAAUCUCCUAUUAGACUGUACCGAAAACCUCCACAUCAAAACCAGGAAAAAGAAAGUUUUCAAUCUGCUUCCCAAACCCAACAAUGGCGAAACUUUUGAUACUCAUUCUAUCAUCGCUUUUACUGCUAUGCUGCUCUGCCACGUCGACGCUCCCGGUGGUGAGGAGAGCGGAGAGGAAGCAGCUGAUGGUGACAGAGUACGGCGAGAUCUCUUCCGUCGACGUCCGCACCGCCGCCGCCCCAACCAAAGGGCCGUACCACGUGGAGUUCAUCACACUGGACCCAAACUCGCUGUUCCUCCCCGUCUUGCUCCACGCCGACAUGGUCUUCUACGUCCACAGUGGCAGCGGGAAGCUGAGUUGGACGGGAGACGGUGAGGACGAAGUGAAGAGGGUCGAUUUGAAGAGGGGAGAUGUCUACAGGCUGGAGCCCGGCUCUGUUUUCUUCUUGCAGAGUGAUUUGGAGAAUGAGCGGCAGAAGCUCCGGAUUCAUGCCAUCUUCUCCACUACGGAUGAAGACAUUUGGGAGCCAUGGAUUGGAGCUUACUCCAGCAUUUCCGAUCUCGUCCUGGGAUUCAACGCCAAGCUUCUCCAAUCCUCCUUUGGGGUUACUGAGGGCGUGAUCGAGGAGAUAACCACCACGCCGAAGCCGCCGGGGAUUGUUCACGCACCGGCUUCAGAGUCUUCAGAAGAGAAGGAGGAGAAGAAAAAGAAAUCAGUAUUCUACGAAUUGGAGAACCGAUUCCUGAAGGUCAUGGCGGGAGAAGAAGCAGGAUUGAUCAAUCUCAAAAAGAGCAAGAAAUCCAAGACCUUCAACAUUCUGGAAGCUGACCCUGAUUUCCAUAACUGCAAUGGGUGGAGCCUGACUGUUGAUAAGGGCAAUUACAAGAACCUUAAAGGUUCCAACAUGGGUGUUUUCAUGGUUAACCUGACCAAGGGGGCAAUGAUGGGGCCACACUGGAAUCCGAUGGCGACCGAGAUCGCGGUAGUCCUUGAAGGGGAAGGAAUGGUGAGAAUCAUUUGUGCUUCGAAUUCGACGGGGUGCAAGAACGAAAGGUUCAUAGUUCGUGAAGGAGACGUGUUUGUGGUGCCACGGUUUCACCCCAUGGCGCAAAUGUCGUUCAACAAUGGGUCCUUUGUGUUCAUGGGGUUCAGCACCACGUCGAAGAAGAACCAUCCGCAGUUUCUUGUGGGGAAGAGCUCGGUUUUCCAGACACUGGAUAGGGAGGUGCUCGCGUUGGCUUUCAACGCAAGCAACACGACGAUCGAUCAGCUGCUGCUGGCCUCUCAGGAGGAUGCCAUCAUAUUGGAGUGUGUUUCCUGUGCCGAGGAGGAGUUUAGGUUGAUGGUGGAGGAGAUUGAGAGGGAAAGGGAGAGGGAGGAAGAAGAGAGGAAGCGGGAAGAGGAAGAGGAGAGGAGGAAGAGAGAGGAAGAAGAGGAACGAAAGAGGCAAGAAGAGGAAGAGGAACGCAAGCGACAGGAGGAAGAGGAACGUAAGAGGCGAGAAGAAGAAGAGGAACGAAAGAGGCGAGAGGAAGAAGAACGGAAGCGACGAGAAGAAGAGGAGGAACGAAAGAGGCAAGAAGAAGAGGAGAGGAGGGAGAGAGAGGAAGAAGCGAGGAGGCAAAAGGAGGAAGGGGCAAGGAAGGAGCAAGAACAGGCUAGAAAGGAAGAAGAAGAGAGGAAGAGAAGGAGGGAAGAAGCUGAAGAGGAAGCCCAACAAAAGCGCGAAGAGGAGGAAGAAAGGAGACAGCAAGAAGAGGCAAGGAAGGAGGAAGAAGAGAGAGAAAGGCAGAGAAGAGAGGAAGAAGCAGCAGCCAGAGAGGAGGAGGAAGAGGAAGAAAGGCAGAGAAGAGAAGAAGCAGCAAGGGAGAAGGAGGAAGAGGAGGCUACGAGGGAGCAAGAAGAAGCAAGGAGGCAGGAAGAAGAGAGGCAGAGAAGGAGGGAGAAAGAAGAAGCAGCAGCAGCAGCCAGGGAGAAAGAGGAAGAGGAAGAAAGGGAGAGAAAGGAGGAGGAGGAGGAAGAAGGUGGCGGUGGUGGAGGGAGAAGAUCGUUCAGAGAGUUGCCUAUGAAGCUAUGGAUGUGAAAUUGUGAAGGCCACCAGCAAGCAACCGCCAAAAGCAAGUUGAUCCACUUUCUCAAGGACCUGGCAACCGGCUAGCAGUAGGAUUUGGCUCUCUUUUUCUGCAAGCAUAAUCUUAUGGCAGUUUCAAAAUAACGGCUUCUACUGUAUGUGCAUUUCAUGUAAUAGAGUUUCAGUUUUGUUUCUGUGUCUUGUUUCUAUCAGUUCUGUAUCAAUGUAGUGAUCCAUCCCUGUUCUAAGCCCUCAAGAAGCAAUCACUAUCAUCAUAAGUCAUCAUCUUCAAACCCUAAACCAGUUCUCGACAAACCCAGACACAAGAUAAAAGUAAACAAUCAAAACUGCAACUUUCUGCAAGUGCAACUGGAACUGGAAGUGUAACAGUUUAAGGAUUCUACUAACCGCGGCUGUAUCUCAAAUCUGGGAAUAUUUCAUCUUGAUGGCAAAAAAAAAAAAAAUCUACUGGAGGCGGGUUUGGUGGCCAAAAGAAUUAUACAAGAAGCAUCAUUUGAAAUGCCCCCACAACUACGACAUUCAUAUGCCGGCUGAGGAAUUCGCUUUUGUUGUUAUGUAGGAGACGACUACGGUGAUAUCAUCAAGCUUGCCACCGUAAUAGCGGAAUCCAGCGUCCUGAGCUGCAACAGAGAAUGGUGUCUGCCUGCUUCGGUCCAAGGCACGUUCUCUUGCUAAAGCUGUGAUCUUUUGUGCAGCUUCUUGAGGCCCCAGACCGACUCGCAUGGAAUGCACGAUGAUGGCACUGAUCUCGUUGGUGUACAAGUUGUCGAACAGCCCAUCUGUUCCAGUGAUGACAACGUCUCCCGGGGCAACUGGAACUGUAAUAACCUGAGAUCAAAGGUAGGAAAUCGAGGUUAGUGCUUCAAAACUCAACAGCCAUUUCUUAAGGACAGCAGCGUCUAUUGACAGAGGGAGAAAACGAAAUUGUUUCCUAACACAUAUGACCACAUGCACAUUAGAGUACCCCUUAAUGAGUAACGAUCUGGGUAACUUACAAACUUCAAACUUAGGCAGCCGCAUACCCUUAAUGAGUAAUGAUCUGGGUAACUUACUAGCUUCAAACUUAGGUAGCUGCAGAUCUAGCUAUACUGAUGGUCAGAAGCGACUGGGGCAAAGAACGAGCACACUGAGUUGUUCUGUGUGGAUGCAUCAAUGCGCCCCUUAAUGAAUGGUGAUAGGGGUA